UUUUCUAAGCAAAGCAUUACUCGAAAAGUGUAUUUAAUCGCAGCAGUACCUCAAUCAGUUGAUACAAGCAAUUGAACUUUAUUAAAGUUUCCGUCGGAGUGUUUAGAAAAAUAUACAAAACCAUUGUAAAAAUCAAACCCGAAUAGAUUUUAUUAAAACGUGGAUUUUUCUCGCUCGCUUUAGUUACGUACAUAUUUACUUAUUACGAUCUAAAAAUUUGGAAAUAAUUGAAUUAUACGAAUUACCUCUGAUACACACUGCUCAAAGCGGAGCAGCUGAAAUGUUUAAAUCGCGCGUUGAAGUGGAUCCACUUCUGGGUCGAUCUUUAGUUACCACGGAAACUAUAAAGAAGGGUGAAAUGGUUGUGGAGGAGUCACCAUUUGCGACUGGUCCCAAGCAGAACGGCGGUAUUGUUUGUCUGGGAUGUUAUCGUGAUUUAAUUUUCGGUGAAGAUGGUGAUUCAUUGGAUCGUUGUGAAAAGUGUGAUUGGCCAUUGUGUAGUUCCUGUUUCGAUGAACCCGAUCAUCUGGGUGAGUGUAAGAUAUUUACCAACGCUAGAGUUCAUUUUGCGGGAAAUGUGAGUGAGGAUGGAGUUUGCACACAACUCGAUUGCAUAACACCUUUGAGGGUCCUUCUUGCCAAGGAAACUGAUCCCGAUCGUUGGGACAAAGAAAUCGCACCCAUGGAAUACCACAACGAGGAACGUCGAAAAUUGACCGAUGUUUGGAAUGCAGACUUUGUGAAUAUUGCAAAAUAUCUUCGAGGACCAUGCCGUUUGGCCAACCGAUUUUCUGAAGAUCUCAUCAUGCAAGUAGUGGGUAUCUUGGAGGUUAAUGCAUUUGAAGCACGCACAACACAAGGAUAUGCGCUGCGUUGUUUGUACCCAAUUACUGGAAUAUUAGCGCACAACUGUGUACCAAAUACCUUUCGAACUAUUCACCCGAGUGAAGGCUUCAAGAUCCGCCUAAGGGCUAUGUGCGAUUUGGAAGAGGGCCAACAGCUCCAGCACUCUUAUACAUAUACUUUGAAUGGCACUUCGCAGCGGCAGGAACAUUUGAAGGCGGGAAAGUUUUUCACUUGCGAAUGUAAACGUUGUAAAGACCCCACCGAAUUGGGUACAAAUUUUAGCACGUUCAAGUGCAGUAAAUGCGACGAGGGAUGGCUACUGUCUACCAAUCCAUUGGAUUCUUCUUGUUACUGGAAAUGUACGAUUUGCACCUUUAAAACAUCGAAUAAUGCUAUACAGAAAGCACUAUCUGUAAUGCAAUCCGAAGUCGCCACAUUACAAGCAAUGGAUCCCAGUCCCCAGAAAUUACAAGAAACAGAGAAGCUGAUGAGAAAAUACCGUGUUGUUGCACAUCCUCUACACUUUAUACAAACGGGAUUGCGUCAAAAUCUAAUCGAGAUGUAUGGUCGUGUGCCGGAGUAUGAAUUAUCUGAAUUACCCGAUGUUAUGCUCGAACACAAAGAGGAGCUAUGCCGACAAGUGUUGCGUGUUUUAGAUGUCUUCGAACCGGGUUUGAGUCGCACACGCGCAAUGAUGCUUUACGAGUUACAUGUACCGUUAGUUUUACUGGCUAAGAGCGGUUUCAUAGCGAGCAUUCUAACAGCAGAUGCAUUGAAGCAGAAACUUCUUGACGUCAUUGCUAUACUAAAAGAAUGUGUGGACAUAUUAAAGUACGAAGAUUCCGAGACACAAGAGGGGAAUUUAUGCAGAGUAGCUCAGCAAGCAAUGGAUCAGUUGAUACAAAGUGUGGAAGGUUUGACAGUCGCCGAAUGAAAACAAUCGAGUCAAGAAA